GUAAGCGCAUUAGACUAGGAGUUUCACCACAACAAGGCAGGGUACAUCAAAGGAAGCUGAAGAAUCAGAUCAAGAUUGUAUGGUGGGAUACAGCCAGUAGUUGGCUUGAAAUCAGGCAAGCAGACUACAAAGUUAGAUUCCUCAUCGAGGAAUCAGAGGAUGAAUUUAUUCCAGUAAGGCAUAAAAAGACAAAGUUGAAGUCAAAUGAGUCACCAUCCUCUCCUUCUCCUCAAUUGCCUGGGCAGUCUAUCAGCUCAUCCCAACUGAUAUCAUGGACAAUAAUAUAA